AUGCCUCCCGCGGCGCAGCUUCCCGUCACAAUGUUCCUCGCAGCGUCGAGGCCGGCCACGAGAAACUCGUCGGCCGUCCUGGUCAACCGCCUCAUGGCCGCCAACGCCGUCCGCAACUAUGCCACCCCCGCUGGCCCCCCGCCGACGAACUUCCGCCAGAAGAGAUUCGAGACGUGGGACGAGGACAAGGAGUCCACCCUCAACAAGAUGGGCAGAUUUUUCCUGCUGUCCGAGAUGGCAAGGGGAAUGUACGUGCUCAUGGAGCAGUUCUUCCGCCCGCCCUACACCAUUUACUAUCCCUUUGAGAAGGGCCCCAUCUCCCCCCGCUUCCGUGGCGAGCACGCCCUCCGCCGCUACCCGUCCGGCGAGGAGCGCUGCAUCGCCUGCAAGCUCUGCGAAGCCAUCUGCCCCGCCCAGGCCAUCACCAUCGAGGCCGAGGAGCGUGCCGACGGCUCCCGCCGCACCACCCGUUACGACAUCGACAUGACCAAGUGCAUCUACUGCGGCUUCUGCCAGGAGUCGUGCCCCGUCGACGCCAUCGUCGAGUCCCCCAACGCCGAGUACGCCACCGAGACCCGCGAGGAGCUGCUGUACAACAAGGAGAAGCUGCUGUCGAACGGCGACAAGUGGGAGCCUGAGCUGGCCGCCGUCAUCCGUGCCGACGCCCCCUACAGAUAA